AUGACAAACAGCCAAGACCCCGACCCCAACUCCUACGCUCCGCGCUAUGGAUCACUUGUUGCUAAGCUUACUUGGGCCUUGCAGCGUGACGUCACCGCGCUUCGCAGAGGGCUCUACCGGCUGAGACAGCACUUACGCUCACAAACUCUAGCUGCUUGUUUCAAGGCGUGGCGUUGCGGGUCUGGCGAUGGGCUGGCUGCGCUGCUGCGCUCGCCAUGGCGCAAGGAGGCGCAGACUGCGGUUGCGCAGAUGAGCUGGAAUCUGGAAAGAAGAGGCCAAGCCCUCAAGAAGGCCUGCCGUGCUGAUAGGGACGACUACCUCGGCGCCCUUGCUGACCGUGCUCAGCAGGGUCAUGAGGCUGAGGCUUACCGGGCCCUGUCUCGCCUGAUGGGCCGGGUCAGGAAAAAGCCCUUUGCCCCGGCCGUGUUGCCCACUUUGCGCAAGGCUGACGGCACUCUUUGCAGUACGCCGGAAGAGGUGGUGCAACGAUGGAGAAGUCACUUCUCUACGCUGGAAGCCGGGCAACCGGCUACCCCUGAGACACUCCUCGCCAGCAGCCAGCGCAAAACUCCUUGGAAAGGACCGGAGUGCGUGGGUGAUCUACCGACGCUCUCGGAACUUCAAAUCACUUUCGCUUGCGCGCCUCGCGGCAAAUCCGCCGGUCCUGACGGAAUCCCCAACGAGCUGGGGUUGGCCUGUCCUCAGCGACUUGCUGAAUUGGUUUAUCCCCUCUUGUUAAAGUUGUGCGUGCGGGGAGAAGAGGCGGUGGGGCUGAAGGGGGGAACCCUGGUGAGGCUCUACAAAGGACGUGGAGCGCACGACGAAUGCGGCUCGCAUCGCGCUAUAAUGUUGCUGUCGACCCUUGCCAAAGCCAUUCACAAAGUGCUGCGCCCCAAAAUCGCCGACAUCUUUGUCAAGAGCACCAGUAAGCUACAGCUUGGCGGGAAGCCCGGAUGUAGUGUAGUUUUUGGGUCUCAUGUGGUCAGGACCUUUCUGCGAUGGAGGGCGAUGGCCGGGCAGUCAUGCGCUGUUGUGUUUGCUGACAUUGCUUCAGCCUACUACGCAGCGGUGCGACAGCUGGCGGUGGGCCAUGACGAUGCCGACAGCUCCAUCGGCCUACAUGCUGCCAUCGAAGGCCUGAAGCUUUCACACGACGAGGCGGUGGCUUUGCGGCAGCAUGCCCAGGAAGUUUGCGCCCUGCACCGUUCAGGGGCACCGUCCUGGACCCAACCAGGGGCACCGUCCUGGACCCAAGAACUCGCGCACGAACUGCACAGCAGCACCUGGUUCAACAUGGCGGGCGACACUGAGCUUGUGGCUACGCAUAGGGGAACGCGACCAGGGUCCAGUUGGGCCGACGUUUUGUUCGGCUGCCUCUUGCAUAGGGUGCUUUCCCACCGCAACGCCUCUGCUAGGAGAGAGACAGCCGAUGACUCGAUCGACGCUCACGCCAACGUGCCCCUCGUGCCAUGGGACGGGGUACACACUUUGGAGCCAGUGGUUACGCCUACCCAGCAUCUCCCUCUGGAUGAUGUUGUCUGGGCGGACGACUUAGCCAUGUGCUUGCAAAGCGACUCGGCUGACAGCAUUGGUGUGAAAGUCAGCGCGGCAGUUAGUAGGCUGGACGAGGCCUUCUCGGAGCACGGCCUCACGCUCACUUACGGGGAGCGCAAGACCGCUGCUAUGGUCUGCCCAAAGGGUAAGCGUAGCCGUGAGGUCAGGCGCGCGCUCUUUGGCGAAAAGCAGUCUGUGCUGGUCCUGCGCGAGAGCAGAGGCCCAGUUUCUCUGCCCCUCGUCGCCCAAUACCCCUAUCUCGGGGUUUGUCAGGCGCCAUGCGGAGCCAUGCAGGGGGAGCUCCACCGCCGGGUGGGAGCGGCUUGGGGCGCCUUUCGUGAGGGCCGACGGAGGGUCUACAAAUCCAGACGCCUGUCCGUUAGUCGAAAGGGGCAAAUCCUGCAUUCUCUGGUCAUGUCCAAGUUGCUUCACGGAGCAGGCUCCUGGCCCCCGCUGAAUCACAAGGAAAUGCAGACAUUUGGCGGCACUGUCUUUAGUUUGUAUCGGGCGAUCCUGUGCAUCCCGCACGGAGGUGAGCAGCACGUGUCGCUGUCUGAUGCUGUUGCACGCACUGAGCUACCAAGCCCCGUGACGUUGAUACAUGCCGAAAGGUUGAGAUACCUAGCCCAACUGGUCACAUCGGGGCCUGAUGUUUUGUGGGCCCUCUUGAGAGCGGAUCGACCCUACGCCGAUGCUAUGAAAGAGUCCUUGGAUUGGCUGACUAGAGCACUUCGCAACACAUGCGCUGAGCUACAGGGCGGCGCCUCUUGGGACAUCUGGACUGGAAUCAUGCGUGACACACCGCGCAGGUUUCGAGGGCUCAUCAAGCGUGCACUUGCCUUGGACAUUUGCCGCCACCAGUGCAUUGAGGCCCUUGACGGCUUGCAUAGGGCCAUGCGCGAAAUGGCCAAUAAGGGGGAGCCUGUUGCCAAUGCCUCUUUUGAGUCAUGUGCCGAGGCGUGCGUGCCUUGUAAGUUGGCUUUCCCUACACGUGUUGCUUGGGCGGGUCAUGCCGCACGAAAGCACGGAUACCGCAACUCCUCUUUCUUGCUUGCGGAAUGCCGCACUUGCCGAGGGUGUGGACGGACCUACGGGUCCAUAGGACGCCUGAGGAGGCACCUGCAGUCCGUUUCCAGAUGCCAGGAGCUCUGGGGAUCCUUCGCGCCGACAGAUCCCGAUCCACAGACAGCGCCGCACCCGCAAUGCCCGCCCGGCACAUCACUAGGCACUUUUGUCCAGGUUGACGUUGACAAUCGGGCAGUGAUAGACAGUGUGCAUGGAAUGCAUUCCCCUUUUCUCCUGCGAAGCCUGCAAGAUGUUGGGGCGGCCGACUGGGAGGCCCUCUGGGAAGAAGUUGUAGGAUGCAUUGAGCCUCUGCCUGUCCUGCGGGCAACUGUCCGACUCAGAAUGGACCAGCUUGGGCCGCUCAGUCCAGAAUACGGCACGUUAGAACGGAUUUUGCUGUCUCUGACACCUGCUGUGCGCUGGCCAUGUCUCGGAUAG